AUGCCCUCCGGCACCGAGAUGGCCUCUCCGUCGAAGCGCAGGAGGCGCAACCAGGGCACGGAGGCGGAGGCGCAGUGCUCGCCCGUGGACUACAGAGACGUGGUGUGCGGCGAGGACCUCUGGGACCGCGAGGAGUACCUCUCCAAGGUGUGCACUGGCCGCUUCCUCGCCCACCCGGCCUUCAAGUUCACCGUGGCCGGGCUCGUCAUCACCAACGCGGCGGUGAUCGCCAGCCAGGCGAUACCGCGCUUCAAGGGGAUCUACUAUUCGCUGAGCACUGCCAUAGACAACAUCGUGCUAAUGGUCCUCUUCUUCGAGGUCCUGCUCAACUGGUACAAAGGUUUCUGGCUGUACUGGAAGGAUGGCUGGAACAUCUUCAACUUUCUCAUUGUGGUCUACCUGCUCGUCGGGCCCCUGAUCCCCCUGCUCAACGACCAGAAGAUUUUCCACAUCCUGAGGGUGAUGAGGCUGCUGCAGGUCUGCAUGCUGGUCAAGGGGCUGGCGAGGAUGAUCCGAGUGAUCUUCAAGGCCAUUCCCAACCUAAUCAACAUCAUGUUCCUGCUCUUUAUCCUCAUGCUGGUUUUCGCGAUGCUCGGUGUCAUCCUCUUUAGCAACAUCAUCCCAGCCCACUUUGGCAACCUGGGGAAGGCUCUGUACUCGCUCUUCGUCUGCGUCACACAAGAUGGCUGGCUGAACAUCUACCAGGCCUUCGAGACUGAGAAAGAAGGGCAUGCUGUGAAAAUAGGGGGUGCCAUUUACUUCCUAAUCUUCCUCACGGGCGGGACCUUCAUCUGCGCCAACCUGCUGGUGGCUGUGGUAAUGUCGAGCCUGGAAGAAUCUUUGAUCACCCAUGAAAAGAAGGAACAGAAGAAGGAGCAGGGGGCCAGCCUGGCUGCUCUGCCCAGCCUGGAGCUGGUCAACGAGGAUGUUGACAUGGACCCUGAGCUCAGCCUGACACACUUGAAAGCAGUGAUGUGGGACAAGGCCUCCGUGCACAACCUCCAGGAGCCGUUCACCUACAACAACCUAGCCAACCUGAGCAAGGAGACCUUUAACGACUUCUGCCUCCUCUUGCAUUCCAUCCAGGAGAACCUCAGACAGUACAAGCAAAUCCGUGAAGAGCUCAACACGAUAGUCGAGGAGGUGAGGUCCAUUGAGUUCAACAAGGCACAAGAGCAAGAGCUGAUUUUGCGGAACCUCCUGAACAGCUCGGACAACCCUCACUCCAGCGAUCGGCAAACAUGAUUGAUCCCGAGGACAUGCAAGACACGCUGUAGUGCAAAGGGGCCGUGAAGCUAGCCUUGCUGAGAGCCCGCGCC